AAGAAGAUAGGUGAUAGGGGACGUCUCGUGACAGAGCCAGGUGUCAGUUCCUCAGAGGUCGUAAAGAUUGAUCUCUGCCCCAACGACCUCAUUCAUCCGUAUGGGCAUAUAUUUCUACGGACAGCAAUUAAUAUCACACGUUCACCCAGCAAUGUGCCUCGUCGUUUGCCAAUUAUUCAGUACAGAUCGUACGGUCCUGGAUCCAUUCAUCUCCCGCUGCUUCCUACUUUCUAUAUAAAUAAAAUCCACCGCUCAGCCGUUGUUUCUCAUUGUUUCUCCCGCUUCUCUAUUCAUCUUUUGGCUGCUCUGUUUCUCUCAAAUGCCAUAUUUCUUUUCCGUUUCUCUGUCUUUUCAUUCCUCGUUCAACCUUUUCUCUCUCUCUCUCUGAAAUCAUUAACCAUGCUUCUGAGGAGCUCCUCCGCACCGAUCUGGAACUCAUGGGUAACCCACUCCAAGGAUUCAUCCCCCGAGGCCGACGCACUUACAAGGACCAGAUCAGUUUCUUUCUCAACAUCUUUUCAUCGUUCUCCCAUUGAAGACUCGACGAUGAAGGUAACCCAAAUCUUGACUGAAACGGACUCUCAAGCCCCGCCAAAACCCAAAAAGAAGAAUCCCGUAUCUCACUCCCCUAAAAAACAACAAAAAAUCACAAUCAAGGGCGGAGAAGAAGAACGAGAGCUAAAACCCAGUUCUUCACCUUCAUUAUCUUCGAUUCAGAGGCUCUUUUCAAGCUCUGGGUUGGGUGAUACGGUGGUGGACGAUGAGGAAUGUGCUGUGGAGAAGAACGAUAGUUCGUUGCAGACUCUGGUGGGGGGUGGUGGAGUUGGGAGCGAUGGUGGUCGUGUUUGUGGCGGUGGUGGGAGAGGAUCAGAUGAUGGACAUGGAGGUGAUCAUGGUGGGUCAGGGUCUUUCGAAAGUAAUAAUCAUGGGAGUGAAAACACUGACGCUUAUUACCAGAAGAUGAUCGAAGCAAACCCAGGCAAUGCGCUCUUGCUUGGAAACUAUGCAAAGUUUCUGAAAGAGGUUCGUCGAGAUUUCGCUAGAGCAGAAGAGUAUUGUGGAAGGGCCAUUUUGGCUAACCCAAGUGAUGGGAAUGUUUUAUCUCUCUAUGCCGAUUUAAUAUGGCAAUCAAAGAAGGAUGCUGAUCGAGCCGAGAGUUAUUAUCAUCAAGCUGUCAAAACCGCCCCAGACGAUUGUUAUGUCUUAGCUUCAUAUGCUCGAUUUCUUUGGGAUGCCGAAGAAGAGGAUGAUCAAGAGGAACGACAUGAAUGUGGCCACAACCUUGCACCCCCGCCAAAGCUCUUCCAAGGAGCUUCUCACCAUUCUCCUUUAACUGCAGCCUAAUCUCAAAUCUUCAGCUCUCUCUCUCUCUCUCUCUCUCUCUCUCUCUCUCUCUCUCUCUCUCUCCUGUGGGCUGUAAGAUAGCUCAAGUAACGUAGUAGCCAAGAAAUAACGUACCCCCGUUUCUGUAAAUUUGGGUAAGAAGUCCUGACUGUAAAUUUUCAUCAGCUGCAGAAAUUUUUUGUAAGUUUGUUGAGGAAAUAUAUAUAUCUUUGUGCCU